UAUUUCCGAUCACAUAGAUUUUAAACUUAAAGCUGAAGCAAGUAAAAAUGUUUAAUGUUGUUUUGUGCUUGUGUCUGUUCCUGGCCGUGAUAAAUGGGGCCAAAAUUCUGGGGGUAUUCAUGACUCCGAGUUUUAGUCAUCAACAAGUUUUUCAACCGGUCUGGAAAGAACUGUCUCUGAGAGGCCACCAAGUAAUUGUGUACACCCCGAGUCCUUUAAACGAGAAGUCCCUUACUAAUUUGACCGAAUACGACUUAAAUUUUAGUUAUGAAGUAUUUAGAAAUUAUAGUAAUUUUGAAGAUACCGACAGCGCACCAAAUGAUGAAUUAAUGCAAAUACUACUUGCAUGCGUCAAGGCUUCUGAAGCUCAACUUAACCACCCUUUCUUGCAAGAUCUACUGAAAAAUGUUAAUAAAGACACAUACGAUUUGCUGAUAGUGGAGUAUUUUUGGCAGCCCUAUUAUGCCUUGAAAGAAAUUUAUAAAGUCCCUAUGGUCGGACUAUUGUCUUUUCCACUUUCGAUCACCACAGCGGACGUCGUAGGUCUUGAGAAACACCCUGUAGUGGAUCCAGAAUUCUUACUGGAUUUUUCGUUUGCCAAAAACUUUAAGCAGAGGUUACAGAGCUGGCUCUUUAAUUGGGCGUAUAGAGUAUUUUUUCAAUAUAAAGUGACACCGAUAUUUGAUGAUCAAAUUAGGAAGUAUUUCGGUAAUGAUAUGAAAUCUGCAACCCAGUUGACGAACGAAGUGGAACUAGUUAUUGGAAGCUCUAAUUUUGCUCUAGACAACUUGAAGGCAAGAAAUGGAAAAUAUGUUGCUGUUAGUUCUUUGCAUGUUCAGCCUAUUCAGCCAUUACCAAAAGAUUUAGGUGAAUACCUGGAUAAGCUGAAAACAGAUGUGAUUUACUUUAGUUUAGGGACCAAUGUGAAGUCAUCCAAAAUUGCAAAGAAUGUAAUGGAUACUAUAAUAAAAGUAUUGGGAAGUUUACCGUAUACCAUCCUCUGGAAAUCGGACCUAGUCAAUUUGCCCAAAAAUAUUCAUAAAAAUUUCUAUAUUCGAAAGUGGUAUCCCCAACAAGAUCUUUUAGGACACGAGAAAGUAAAGCUUUUUAUCACACAAGGAGGUUGUCAAUCUAUUGACGAAGCUAUGGAUAGAGGUGUUCCUAUGUUAAUAAUGCCAGUGUUUGGAGAUCAGCCUGCUAAUGCUGAUAAAUGUGUCAAUAAAGGCAUUGCCGAAAUGGUCAAUAUUUACGAUUUUACCGAAGAAGAGUUUCGAAUAAAAUUGAGCAUGCUUUUGACUACUUCAUCGUACAAAUCCAACAUAAUACAACAAGGGAAAAUAGUGAGAGACCAGCCAUUGCCAGCAGUGGACACAGCAAUAUUUUGGAUUGAAUACGUCAUCAGGCAUAAAGGGGCGUCCCAUUUGCAACCGGCAACUUUAACGCUGCCUUUCUAUCAGUAUCAUUUAUUAGACGUUUAUCUUUUUGUCGCUUUCGUCCUUUAUUUGUUCAUUUAUAUAAGCAAAAAGGUUAUUUUUGGCGUAUUGAAAUUGUUCAAAUUAAAUACAAAACAAAAAAUAGCAUAAUGUAAGGUCUCAAAUGUCUAGUUAUUGCCUAGAAAUAUUUCCUCUAAAUAGGCAAAAUUAUAUUUUAAUAUAAGCCGUCAUGAAAGAAGUUUUAUGAUGUGCCUAGUUAAUAAGGUUUUUUAUACAA